UGGCAGUGUAGCUAGAAGGCUGACAAGCUAGCUAGCUAGCAUAAUAAAGGAAGACAACAUGAGUCAAACAAACACACUGGUGUUGUGCGUUUGAAGAUAUUAGCAAGACACUUUUAAGAGCUUAACAUCAGCUUUUCUCUCCGCAGAUAAUCUAGCUGACAUCUUCAUUAGCAGUGAGUGAUGGCGGUUGAACAAUUUGUGUCAAAGACACUCGAGCUCCUACAGGAGGAGAGGGAGGCUGAAAUAGAGGAGACCAGGAUAUGGCAGGAGAACAUCUCUCUCAAGGAUCUUCAAAAUAAAGGAGUUUGCCUGCUGAAAUUGCAGAUAGGAAGUCAGUCCACAGGCCUGUAUGGCCGCACAGUCAUCGUCCUUGAGCCAAGAAAGCAUCUCGGUUUCUCAUCUCUGCCAAGCAACAGCUUUGGACCUGGGGACAUAGUUGGCUUGUAUGACACCGGUGGAUGCACCCCGGCCUCACAGAUCGGCACAGGAAUAGUGACGAGGGUCAGCCAAGCUUCUAUAAACGUGGCCUUCGACGACUUAAAGGACGGCCUCAGCUUUGAUACGGAUGCGCUUCACAACCUCUUAAAGUUGGCAAAUGACAUCACCUACAAACGGAUGAAAAAUGCCUUGAAUACAUUAAAUGGAUACAGGAAUGGACCAGCUGCCAAUAUGAUAAACGUUCUUUUUGGAGACUCAAAACCGUCUAAUCAAUCACAGCCAAACGACGUUCAGUUCUUUAACUCGAACCUGGAUGAUUCUCAGAGAGAAGCUGUGUCCUUUACGCUGUCUCAGAGAGAAGUGGCUGUGAUUCAUGGACCACCAGGCACUGGGAAGACCACCACAGUGGUGGAGAUCAUCCUGCAAGCAGUCAAACAAGGCCAAAAGGUCCUCUGCUGUACGCCCUCUAACGUGGCCGUGGAUAAUCUAGUGGAGAGGUUAGCCCGGUGCAAGGCAAAGGUGCUCCGGCUGGGUCACCCUGCCAGACUCCUGGAGUCCAUACAGAAACAUUCUCUCGACGCCAUCCUCGCGCAGAGUGACAACGCAAACAUCAUCGCUGACAUCCGUAAAGACAUCGAUAAAGCAUUUAUUGGAAUGAAGAAAAUGCGUGAAAAGGGAGAGCGGGUGAACUUCAAAAGAGAAAUAGGGGAGCUUAGAAAAGAGCUCAAAUCAAGGGAAGCAACAGCCAUAGCCCAGAUCCUAAAAAGGGCCGAUGUUGUGUUGUCAACCAACACAGGUGCUGGUGGCGAAGGCCCUCUGAAGUACCUGCCGGCGGAGCAUUUUGAUUGGGUGGUGAUAGACGAGUGCGCUCAGGCGCUGGAGAGCAGCUGCUGGAUCGCCCUGCUCAGAGCACGCAAGUGCGUUCUGGCUGGAGACUACAAGCAGCUACCACCUACUAUCAAAUCACAAAGGGCUGCAUCAAAAGGCCUGUCUCUCAGUCUCAUGGAGAGACUCAUCCAGAUGUAUGGGGACUCAGUGGUCCGGAUGCUAACGGUUCAGUACCGCAUGCACAGUGCCAUCAUGAACUGGGCCUCCAAAGAGAUGUACCAGGGAAGACUAACGGCCCACAGCUCUGUAGAGGGACACUUGUUGAAAGAUUUACCAGGAGUCACCUGUGUUGAAGAGACCAGCACGCCACUUCUUCUUAUUGACACUGCAGGCUGCGGCCUGAGUGAGAUGGAGGUCACAGAUGAGCAGUCCAAAGGCAAUCAGGGUGAGGUAGACAUUGUUGAGCUGCACAUAAAGGCCUUGACUGGAGCUGGGGUUAAAGCUAAAGACAUCGCUGUUAUUGCUCCAUACAAUCUACAAGUCCAUCUUCUGCGUCAGAAACUUUCUGCGAGGCAUCCAGAGCUGGAGAUAAAGUCCGUGGAUGGAUUUCAGGGCCGGGAGAAAGAGGCGGUGGUGUUGUCGUUGGUUCGGUCCAACAGAAAGGGGGGAGUUGGAUUUCUGGCAGAGGACAGAAGGAUUAAUGUGGCUGUUACACGUGCAAGACGUCACGUCGCUGUUGUGUGCGACACCCAGACUGUCCAGAGUCAUGCUUUCCUGAAGUCCCUGAUCAAUCAUAUGACUGAGUUUGGCGAGGUCAGAACGGCAUUUGAGUACAUCCAGGACAUCGUGCCACAGAACUACACCCGUGACCACAAAGACACAAAGGCUAGUGCGUCUGCCAGCAGCUCCACGUCCACCAAACAGAAGGUUAAAGAUCAGCCUCCGAGCAGGGCGAAGCAACAACAAAAGAAGUCCACUGGCAGCAGCAGUAAUGAAACUGCUGCUGGUACCGAGAAGCACAUAACGUCCUGCAUGACGGCACUGACGGAGGAGGAGCAGAAGAAGAACAGGUGUGCUGAGAUCAGAGCGCAGGUGGAGAGCUUUCUAAAGGACUUAAGUCAGAAAGAACUACAGUUCCCAUCAUCGUUUAACUCUCAUGACCGCCUGCUGGUCCACCAGAUCGCUGAGGAGCUGGGCCUCGUGCAUGAGAGUAAAGGGGAGGGUAAAGGCCGGUGUAUCAUGGUCGCCAGGCCUCUGGUGUCAACACCAGCUGAGAGGCCAACACAAGAAGAAGAAGAAGAAGAAGAAACAAUCCCUGAUCCCCAAAGAGAGCUGCUGUGUCAACCUCCAUCAGACCUGAAAAGUUUACAUUUGGAGCGGAUGAAGAGGGAGCAGCAGAAGAGGGAAGAACAUGCUCAACAGAAACAGCAACAGAAACGCAUCCCACCAGCUCCGGCCCAGUCAUCAAAGAAGCCCAAGCCUGCUAAAGAAAAGAACCGAAUGAAGGCCGGCGCCUGCGGCAUCGCUGCUGCUGCAGCUCCAGACGAUGACUUUGACACACUCAUCAACGCUGUCAUAAAGGCUGAAAGGGUGUGCAGCUUUGUCAGGUGUAAAGCUUCUUUGCUGACACUCGGACAGCUCUGCCUCUUCUGCAACAGGCAGUAUUGUCUCAGUCAUCAUAUACCAGAGGUUCACGGCUGUGGAGAUAAAGCCAAGUCUCAUGCUCGGAUGAGAAUAAGCAAAGAAGGCGUUCUGUACGCAGGGAGUGGGAAGAAAGACAAAUCCAUGGACCCCAAUAAGAAAGCCUAUCUGCAAAGGAAGCUGGACUCUAAAUUGAAAGAUAUGUCAUCACAGAGGAAACCAAAAAACAAAGAGAACGACAGUUAAUGAUAGCAAAUGCACUCUGUAAAUGAACAUAACUAGAGACUUUGUUCUGAGCAAGAAUAAACUGUACAAAUGUGUGAAAAUGUCUUGUUUGAUCAAAUAUACUGUGUUGCCCUUCUAACCUUCAUAGUAAAGAAUAUGGGUUUUAUACAAUUUGCUGCUUAUUUUUCUGAAAUACGUAUUGAAACUAUACAACUUGUUAGUUAUUUUUAUCAGUUGUAGCAGCACCCUCAACAACACACACUCACUAAAGUCUUCAGCUCUACUGUCCCGUGUCUACUGUAUGCGAGUCUACUUUACCUCCACUGUUACUGUCAGAGGACAGAUUGUCAGUGGGAUGGAGUUGUUUGCAUUUUCAUACAAUCCAGGAGAGAAGUAGGGGAAAAUCCUCUCUGUAAAUCUAUCUUUGAAUGCGUGUAUUACUGUCAAAUCAGCAGCGUUGAUGAAAACAACCUUUCCUUUGUCAUAAUCCAGCUGCACAGUAAUCUUCUCUGGCUUCUGCUUCAACACCAGCUUGGUCCGAGGCGAGGUCUCAGCCCAGAAUGAGUCCCCAUUGCACAGGCCGAGCACCCAGAAACCCCCAGUCGGGUUGAGGAAGACGGUACUCUCCCUUUUGAUGGACUCUCGGGCUACUCCGAUGUACCAGUCUUUGCCCUGGCCCACCUCCACAGUCCAGCUGUGCUUCCCAGAUGUGUAGCCGGUGGCUCCCAGCACACACACACGGCUGGUGCAGCGUUCAGGGUUACCGGGUACGACUUGCUUACUGCUGUGUUGUACGCUGGUCAACUCUUCAGAGAACUUUAAGUUGGAGUGGGCCGUGUUUGGAUCCAGAGUGAUGGGAGCUGGAAGUAUAAACAAAAUUCAGUAUGUUGAAAAUACCUUUACCUUUAAGCCAUUGUCUGCUCACCCACCACAUGUGAUGAUGUUGGCCAUCUUCUUCCAAAUUCUAAACUUAAGUGAUCCCAGAUGCUUUGCAGAGUUGAUCAGGAUAUCUCUGAUACAUUCUGGCUCUGGAAUAUUGCAUUUGGCCCUGAAACAUGUUGAAAUCAUUACAACAUUGUCUUAUGGAGACUGUGAUAACUAUAGCAGAUAGUGAGUUAUACAUACCGUUUCUUCAUGUCCUUGUAGUCCUUAAAAAAAGGAAAGUAUAGAAAUGCAUCAAAUUUACAAAAUGUUAGAUGUGUAGUUCUAUGCAAAUCACAUGUAGGUGCAAGGCUUUUUGAAAUCAGCAUUGAUAAAGAGUAACGCCUGUACAUGACUCCAAAACGCACAAGUUUUGAUCCCAGUUGGAUUUUCUUUAGGUCAAAAAGAAUAAUAGAUUAAAUAUAUCAAGUAGUGAAAGGAAACAUUGAUGAAAUAAUACAUGACGGGAAGCAUUUAUUAGUAU